UAUAAGGACACCGCCACUGGUGUAUAACCCAAAACCACAUUGAUGACUGCAGAAUGGAUUCCCUUCCUGGUCUAUCACAGCGCUGUGAAUUAUAGUAGCGAAACUCCGCCCGCACUGACAACGAUGGAAUCCUCUGCUCACGUGGCGGGGCUCUGACGUUUACUACGAGACAAGCGCCUCAACUUCAACAGACGGAUUUAAAGGGGCAGCGCCACUUUAAGGCAUCAUGGCGGAAUACAGUAGACCUAACACUCUCGGCCGGGCUCUGUCUCACCCGACUCUUAUAGAAACAAACGAUGUUUCUCCGCCUGGCGUUCAGCUUCACCCAAGCCGAAGGAGAAAGCUGUCCAGCUGCAGCUCGGUGGAAAACCUAGAGAAGGUGACUUCACCUUGCGGGAACGAGUCGCGGGUCCUGGUGAUAAACACCGGGGGGACGAUCGGGAUGACGUUACAUGAUACAGGUUAUGCCCCUAAAGCCAAUGCCCUUGUGGAGAAUCUGCGGAAGCUGCCCAUCCUACAUGAUGAACUUUAUGCCCAUCAAACCUGCCUGUACGAGUACUACCAAUUGGAAAACACGCUGGUUCUGCCGGAAAAAUCCAGUGAGCAUCUUGUAAGAAAGCCAACGCCCCAGUCCGAUCUCCAGUUCCCUCGGCCGAGUAAAUUAAAUAAGAGGAUAGUCUACACGAUCCUGGAGUACAGUCCUCUGCUCGACUCCUCCAACAUGACCACAGAUGAUUGGGGGCGCAUUGGAAAAGACAUUGAGAAAAACUAUGAAAACUUUGACGGGUUUGUGAUUCUUCACGGCACAGACACUAUGGCUUACACAGCCUCUGCUUUGUCCUUCAUGUGUGAACAUUUGGGAAAACCAAUCGUUCUCACCGGCUCUCAGGUGCCGAUCUAUGAGUUGAGGAAUGAUGGCAGAGAUAACUUGCUGGGAGCGCUGCUGAUUGCCGGCCAGUUUGUCAUUCCUGAGGUUUGCUUGUAUUUCUACAACAAGCUCUACAGAGGAAAUCGUGUUACUAAGGUGGACGCCGGCAGUUUCAACGCAUUCACUUCUCCCAAUUUGCCUCCUUUAGCAGACGCUGAAGUAGAUUUUAAAAUUAACUGGGACACCGUGUGGAGGGCAAACACCACGGCAAAGUUUCAAGUCAGAACGGAGCUGAACAGGAACGUGGGUCUGCUCAGGUUGUUCCCAGGAAUCACUUCAUCAACAGUCAGGGCUUUCCUGCAGCCACCCAUGCAGGGCGUCGUCCUGGAGACCUAUGGCAGUGGGAACGCGCCCGAUAACCGCCCUGAUCUUCUGGAGGAGUUGAGUAAGGCUACCAAGACCGGUGUCAUCAUAGUCAACUGCACCCAGUGUCUGAGGGGGACAGUUUCAGCCUCCUAUGCCACUGGAAGGGUAUUGAUGGAUGCCGGUCUCAUAGCUGGAGGUGACAUGACCCCUGAGGCCGCCUUGUCAAAACUGUCUUAUGUUCUGGCUAAGCAAGAGCUCUCUCUGGAUGCUCAGAAAAAGAUGAUGGCUCAAAACCUGCGAGGUGAGAUGAGUGCCGACCUCGAAGGAGCUAAACUGUGUUUGAGUGACAGCAGGUUCAUCCAGGUCAUUGCCAAGUCUCUGAGCGUUAGCUGCAAAGAGGAACUGGAAGCCAUCCGUGAUGCCCUGACUCCUUCACUGGCAUGUGCUGCUGCUAAAAUUGGGGACACAGAAGCUUUAGGAGCGCUUAAGGAAAUGGGCAGCGACUUACGUCUGGGUGACUUUGACGGACGCACACCCCUGCAUGUCGCUGCUUGUGAGGGUCACCUCAGACUUGUGCAAUACCUGCUCAACCAGGGAGCCUCUGUCCAUGCCAAAGAUCGCUAUGGAGACACACCCCUAUGCAACGCCGUUCGCUUCAGGCACAAGGAAGUGGUGAGGCUUCUGAGGAAGACCGGAGCUCACUUCUCGAGAGAGCAACUAGAGGAAGCAGGAAGUGAACUGUGCAGCCUCGCGGCCAGUGGCGAUAAAGAGGGUCUUGAUAUCUGGAGAAUCGCCGGGGCAGAUCUGACCAGACCAGGCUACGACGGGAAGACGGCCAUUGAAGUGGCUCAUGCUUCAGGCAAUAAGGACGUGGUGGAGUUUUUAAACUCAUACUUGAGCAGCAAAACCAUGCCCGUAUUUGAUGAACUAAAUGAAUAUGAUGAAUAUAAUAUUGAUGAUGAUGAGGAGAACGGUGCAGGGAUCGAGUUCACUGCCAAGCCAGCGUUGUUGUGAGCCAAGUCCACCUCCGUUCCUGUAAAGUUGUCCUCUACAUCCCGUCCACCUUUAUGUUUGUUGUUUGACCUCUUUUAAAUAUGAGCACAUAUCAUUCAAUCCAUCCAAAUGUGUUUAUAUCACUUCUGCUUUGAAUUACAAUGCUGUUACAAUGCUGGAUGUACAAAUUCAUUACUUUUCUGCUCAAAAUAACCCUUAAAUUAGGGAAUUGAAGUGAGUCUCAUGUUACAAAAGUGUAAGCUGUGACUUUGUGAUAUAUUGUUACCUGCUUGUAAGGCUAAGUAUUUUUAAUGUUUCCAAUGGCAGUGUAAAAUGACUGAUUUUAUUUUUGUAGUUCUUUUCUUAGUGAAAUUGCGGAAAAUAUAAUGUGGGAUUAUGAAAGCAAUAUUUUUUUGAAUGAAUGUUGUUCACAUCAGCCAAAGAGCCACGCAGCUCCUAAAUGCAGCUCAUUUUUCCCGCUUCCUGCUGCUCUCCAGGUGUGAUAGAAAAAACAAGCUGCAGUUACUCCUCAGACUCAUCCAGCCUGUUUCUAGGCUAAUUGUCGAACUGGAAGCGUCGCAUAUCUCGCACCCUGAACCGGAAAGGGGAAGUCCAGACUAUUGUGCAAAGCAGAUUAAGAGGAAAACCAGUUUUUGUGUUACUUCAUGACUUUGUUUAAUGUUCUCAGCAAUAAAAUUAUUGUGGCUUUUCACAUCAUCCAGUGCUGCUCUAGUUUUUUAGAUUUUUUUUUUAAUGCACUUCUGUUUUUUCCCUCAUUUUUAUGGUUUGGAAGAUUCUCUUUCACCUCAUUGUAUUACAAAGCGUUGUAAUGAGUUUUGACUGAUAGUAAUUUGUUACCUUGUAGGAAGAACAGCAGGAAUAAAGCCUUUGAUGAA